AUGAAUGUAUCAGAAACUGAUCUCAAGUUAGUGUGCCAAGGAAUUAUUAGUGAGAGAUCAAGAGGGAUAUUUUAUGGUGACAAUCCACUUGACCAUGCAACUCCAACGGUUUUGGCACAACUCAGCUUAUCUUCUUUACUCAGUGCCUUGACACAAUACAUUCUCACCCCACUUGGUGAAAGUGCUUUCAUUUCAAUGCUGCUGGUAGGAUUCGCCCUGGGACCAACUCUCUGGGGUGAUAAUAAUUCCUUCUUGUCAAAAGUGUAUUCAGCGAAAAGUAUCAAUGUCAGUUCAACAUUUGCCUUCUUUGGAUGCAUUCUUUAUCUAUUUUUGCUUGGAAUAAAAUUGGACCUGGGAAUGGUAAAGAGAGCAGGAAGGAAAACCGUGGUUAUAGGCUUCUUUACUUUCAUUUUUCCGAUAACAUUGAACUUAAUCGUGGCUGAAAUUUUAACCACAAAUAUGGAAAUGGAACCAUAUCUACAUGAUUGUGUUCCUUACAUUGCAGUUUUUCAAUCUGUUACCACCUUUCAUGUCAUUGUCUGCCUCGUCGCUGAUUUGAAGCUCAUAAAUUCGGAGCUCGGCCAGUUAGCAAUAUCUUCAUCAAUGAUCAGUGGCACUUGUAGUUGGUCCCUGACUUUUUUUUUCUUACUCAUAGAUCGAGAUGAAACUCAUGAUUUGAUUGCAUUGAUUUUAAUCUUUGCAAUAUUGCUGGUGAUAAUCAUAUUCUUUCUAUUAAGGCCCUUAAUGACUUGGAUGACUGGGAAAACAUCAGAAGGAAAACAGGUCAAAGAGACGUAUGUUAUCUCUAUCUUUAUCAUGCUGUUAGGAUGUGCAUUCCUGAGUGAAGUUUUUGGGCACCAUGUGUUAUUUGGGGCUGUUGCUUUGGGCAUGGCAGUGCCACAUGGUCCACCAUUAGGAUCAGCACUAGUCAACAAGAUUGAAUCAUUUGUUUCUUCCAUUCUCCUGCCGAGCUAUUUUGUGUUCAGUGUCGCUGGUGUUAACAUACUUUCUAUACAUUCGAAAACAGUUACUGUUGUCAGUAUAUUUGGUGUAAGCAGCUUCAUUGGGAAACUUUUAGGUGGCAUGUUGCCUGCACUCUACUUCAACAUACCUCCAGUUGAAGCAUUUUCAUUAGGCCUUGUAAUGAGUUGUCAAGGCGUUUCGGAUGUCCUGCUCAUGCAGCACGGCAAAUUCCUCUCCGUAAUGACCUUAUUCUCAUCUUACCCUAUUCUACUACUGAAUUUUAUGCAUAUGCGCGCAUUCCCUUACUUCUUAUCAAUGACUGCCUCAUAUUGUGCAUAA